ACAAAAACGAGCAACCAUCAUGACAUUGCCUCGAAAUCAAUCGCUUGCUUGAGAUCGGCAAAAUGGCGACCGCAGCACAUAUGAGCCACGAAGUUUGCCCUGACGCCUUACCUUACAUUGACCAAGAUUACGAAGAACCCGGUGUAAGAGAUACGGUAAACUCAUUGAUUGAAGAAGAAACAAGAAGAUACAGACCAACAAAAAACUACUUAGAGUACCUACCUGAGCCAAGGUACACUUCAUUCGAGACAGCAAUGAUGAAAAAAGAAUUUGAGCGAAUCGGUAACAAACAGCCUUUAGAGCAUCUGAGCAUGAAAAGGUAUGAAUUACCGCAACCAUCGGCCAAUCAGAAGGCAGAUGUCUCUGCUUGGAAUGAAUGUCUCAAGAACUCAAUGGCUCAACUUGAACACCAAGCAACUAGGAUCACAAAUUUGGAUCUUUUGUCGAGGUUUGGAGCAGACGCUUGGAGAACAUACAAUGAAGUUUUGCAGCAAAUGUUAGAUGACCAGCAACGUCAGCUAAACACUCUACGAAAGAAUAUUCAAGACAUAAACUGGGAGCGGAAAUCUGUGCAGAUCCAGGCAGGCGAUCAAUUGCAGCAACUCGAAUCCAGUUGGAUUGGUUUAGUCAGUAAAAACUACGAGAUCGAAAGAGCAUGUGCACUGCUUGAGGCUGAAAUCGAAGGCCUAAGAGACAAGAAGCGUUCCCAAAGUGUUGAAUCGUAACGUCAUUGCGAAGAAUUCUGGGCCUAACAAGGUCAGUAGUUAUCAAGGAUUCUUGUGAGGUUUCUGUCCCAAUCAACAGAUGAAACGUUGUUUCUCAAGGCAAUCAGAUUGCAAGAAGAAUCCCCAUAAGAAGCCAGACACAAUGACGAGGCUCUACUGAAGACAUUCUUUUUAAUUUUGAACAUUGAUUAUAACUUUGCAUGUAUAUUGGAAAUUACUGUAUCAUUGAUAUCAGGUUUAGUUAUAGAAUAAAAACAUGUUUUGAUUUUCAUAUGCCUA